AUGUCAACAGCUGGUUACUUAAACAAAUACAAUAACAAGAAAUAAAAUGAUACUAAAUCUAUAGUAAGUUAACAAUCUAGUAAAAAAGUAUCAAUUUUAUAAUUUCUUAUAGAGUACAACCACAGAUGUAAAAACUAAAGAAGACAUAUUGAAUAAAAUGCAAUAGAAUGAAGAAAAACAUAGACUAUUGAUGAUGGAAAAUAAUAAGAGGAGAAAAGAAUAAGAAAAGAAACUUAAAUAGCAAGAAGAAGAAAAGUAAAAAGAAGCAGCUGCAUUGCUUGAUUAAAGAAAGAAAACUAAAGAAUAAGCUUAUAUUAAUUAUUUAAGAAAUAAUACUAAACAAAUAUUGGCUGAUUAUCAACCUAGAUAAACUGAUUAUCCUAAAUAAAAUCCAAAACCUUAAUUAGAAAAAAAAGUAUAAACAAAUUACAAUAAUUUCGAAGCGCUUGAUCUAGAAGUAUCACAAGUUGCUAAGAACAAAAAAUUGCCUUAAGAAUUUUAAAAAUAAUGGGAGGAUUUUGAAAUCAUGAAGAAAAGUGAACUUCUAGAUAGUCUUGACUUAAGCACAGCUCAAAAAUAAAAACCUGCUCCAAAUUAAAGAAAAUAUGAAUUGCAAUAAUUACUAGGAUUACCAGAAGAAUAAAGUGAUGAUGAGGAGGAUUUAUGGAAAAAUACUAUGAAAAAUGGAUAAUUGGCUAAAUAGAACUCUAAGCCUCCUUUAUCAAAGCCUACUUAAUGGGCUGAAUAGGCUAUUACUUAAGCAGAUGAUGUCUUAUCCAAAAUGAGUUAAAAACAAGGAACAGAAAGAGAUAAAAGAGAAUUAACAUCAUAAAAAUCAUAAUAAGAACCACUCAAUACUAAAUAAAAGUAAAUUUCUUCAUCAGUUCCAAAAAAUACUACACCUAUUAAAAAUUCUGAGCAGACUAAGAUAUUGUAGUUAAAAGAAUAACAAUUGCUUGCCUAAUAAAUGUUAAUUCAAUAGCAAUUGUAAUAAAAUACUAUUGAUACUAAUUAGAAUACCAAUAAUAAUACUAAUCAUUAACACCCUCCUAGAAAGCCACCAUAAAAUAUUAGAAUAACUAAUAAGCAAAUACAUAAAUAAGCAAGUAGUGUUUAAGAUGAAUAAAAUCAUAUUUAAGAAUUUCUUAGGGUAUUGAUUUCUAAUGAUUUUAUAAUAGGAGGAUCUAUAAAAUAUUAACGAUAUUGAAAUGUAGCUUUAACUUGAACUAUUGAAUUUGAAUAAAGAAAAUAAAUAAAAAAUAGAAUCAAUUUAGUAAAAAUAUGGAGUAAGGAAUUUACAAUCCUCUAAUCAAGUCAACAGAAUAGUGUUCGUUGAAAAUUAAUUUCCAAGUAUUCUACAUUAAUAUGUUAGUAAAGUCAUAAGAAGAUUAAAUUGAGGCAUCUUUACUAAAAUUAGAUAUGAUGCUUUAACAACCUUUUUAAAAACCAAAAGAAUUGCCAUAAAAUUAAUAGUUAAAUAAUUAGCAAUAAUAAAAAUAAAUAAAUUACACAAUUCCUUUAUAAUAAAAUACUUAUUAAUAAUAACCUUAAUAAUAACAAUCAAUAAAUUAGUAAGGUUAAUAAUAGUAAUUAAGUCCUUAAUAGUAUUAAUAAUUAUUAGAAUAGUAGAAUUUACUAUAGUAAUAAUUAAUAUUGGCAUAAUAAUAAAUAUAAUAAAUGCAAUAAAAAACUCAACAAUAAACAUAAAAUCUAAAUUAACAAUAAGGAAAUUUUCCUCAAUUUCCUUCUUAUGUACUUCAUUAAGAUCAUUAGUCAUUUGUAUAAACAUUUACAAAUGGAAUUCCAUAAUAAUAAUAAUAAUACUAAUACUAAUAAUAAUAAUAAUAAUAAUAAUAAUAAUAAUAAUAAUAAUAAUAAUAAUAAUAAUAAUAAACAUUUAAUUCUAAACCAAGAAAUGUUAUUACAAGCGAUAAUCAAAGUGUUUCAAUAGUUUCAUCUUAAUAAAAUGAUAAAUAUACAUUUGAUUUAGAUUUUGGAAUUCAAAAAAAUCCUUAAAAUACUUACACUUAAUAGGCUUUAAAAAAAAUGACCCAAAAGCAAUCUUAAGUUAAAUCAACUAUUCCUAUUGAAGAAGAAGAAGAACCAUAAGAAGGUAAAAUAGAGGUUAGAUAAGAUUUAAGAAAUCUACUUUUUGAUUGA